AUGGACAGUAGGUGUUGGUUCUUUGUAUUGUUAACAUCCAUUGUGUGUUUACAGCAUCCAAUUAUGGGAAUUCGCUUGUUGAUUUUUAUGUGUCUCAUAAUUAUGAUUAGUGCGCUACCGAACCCUGAACAAAGAAACAGAAGAGAUGUGAUGGAUACAAUGAAGCAUGCUUGGGACGAGGUGGUGAAGACUUUUAACGACGCUGGGGAUGCUGUAGUUCACGUGUUCAAACCAACAGAGAAAAACGUUUUAGACAAAAUGGCGGAUGGAAUAAAGGGAUUUACUAAUUAG